AUGGACAAAGCAACGAUCUUCAACGGAGAUGACAAGUUGAACUUGGCGACCAAGUCGACUCGAAUCGCGGUAGCAGUCGCGUCGUACUGGAUCAUCUCCAUCGCCAUGGUCUUCCUGAAUAAGGCCGUGCUGAGUCAACCAGGUACCAGGGUUGACGCACCACUCUUCGUGACCUGGUACCAAUGUCUCUGCACUGUUGUUGGGUGCUAUGUUCUGGGAGUACUGGGUAUUGGUGGCGUUCCUCGCUUCGAGGUGCAACGUGCUGUUUUAUGGAAGAUGCUUCCACUCUCUGCAGUAUUUGUCGCAAUGACAGCUACCAACAAUGUAUGCCUCAAGUACGUCGAGGUAUCGUUUUAUCAGGUUGCAAGGUCACUGACGGUAGUUUUCAACGUGCUGCUUGACUUUCUGAUUCUGGGCCAGCGUACGUCCCUGGAAGCUAUGGUCUGCCUCGCCGUGGUGAUUUUCGGGUAUGUGCUCGGCAACGACCAGGAAGUGCGCUGGUCACUCAUGGGUGUUCUGUUCGGGCUAGCGUCGUCGUUUUUCGUUGCGUUGAAUUCAAUUUUUGUGAAAAAGAACUUGGCGCAUGUCGAUAAUAACCCAUGGAAACUGACACUGUAUAAUAAUCUGAAUGCGACUGUGCUGUUUGUUCCGCUUAUCCUGCUCACCGGGGAGGUAUCGGAAAUUUUUCAAAACCCUACGACCAGAACGCCUCUAUUUUGGACGCUUAUGAGUGUAGGUGGGAUGCUGGGCAUCGCCAUCAGCUUUGCUGCGGCGGCGCAGAUCAAAUGGACGAGCCCUCUCACCCACAAUGUCUCGUGUACGGCAAAAGCAGCCGCUCAGACUUUCUUGGCCUUGCUCGUCUACCGAAAUCCGAUUACGGUUCUCGGCUUGCUCAGCAUAUUCAUCGUGCUGGGUGGUUCCCUCGCGUACACCAUGGUGAGGCGCUCUGAGAUGAUCGCUGGUAGCGAGCGAUCGUCGCGAAGCGCCGGACUGACGACAACUGCGAAGGCGGAAGAACCAGCACAUCCGACCUCGAUUCGCGUGAGCUGA